AUGCAGGAUCAGGGCUCCAAGCAGUGCGCGAGCUCGUACUCGCGAGCAGAGCUGAACCCGCUCCCUUCCUGCUCGACGUCAUCGCAGUGCGGCGGUUGCAGUAGCUUCCCAUGUUCGUCGCAUGCAUGCGGGCCUGACAACUGUCCCUCCUACCUCUCGACGGUACUCGACGCUUCUCUCUCUACCGUGGUGCCAGACGAAGCGCUCGCUGUGAUCGGAUGGGAUGCUCGGGCCCAGCAGCCAGUCCUGCUCAACCAGGGCUUCGGGUUCUCUCCCAGCUCGCCUAACCCGCUCCGACUUGAGUUCCCCUCGGACUCUGGGCAGGCGUAUCCCUGCGCGGAGGUUCUCCUGUACUUCUCAGCUGGCUACAGCUCUGACGCCCUUCAGCCUGGCCCUCUGCACUGGCCGGGCGACCUGUCCUACAACCAGAACGCUGUCCGGAACUAUGCCGGAGAGGUGACGGAGGUCAGCUACAUGUUCCGACCUGGCUUCAUCAAUGCAAUCUACGGCUCGUUCAGCAACUUCCCUGUGACCACGCUCAUCUCUCUUAAAGAUCAGUCAGGUCGCAGACUUCUGCAGGCCUCCAGCUCAGCUCUGCUGGGGGUUGUAUCAGCAGGAGGGUUCAAGGUGGGAGAUUACAUCCGACUGGCUGACGAGGUCAUGCUUGUGAACGCGGUCAGCCAGCAGCAGAACACGCUGUCGGUCACCCGAGGAGCAUUGAACACCAGCGUCGCCUCCUCCUUCGCUCUAGGAACCGUGGUCCGCACUUUCAACCCCGGCUCGGUGCUGCUGCAAGACGUCGCAAGCGACGCGACGACCAUUCAAGUAUCGGAAGCAUCAGGGUUCAACUCGGACAGAUACAUCCAGGUCGAGCAUGAGGUCAUGUACAUCACCAGCGUCGACGCCUCGUCCAUGACCGUCCUGCGGGCUCAGGAAGGGACGCGUGCGAGCAGCCAUGCCGCCUUCAAGCCGGUGGGCUACGUCCGUCCUUCCCAGCAGUAUCCUAUCGUGCUGCUGGAGGCCGUCAGCGCGAGUCAGACGACUUUGUCCGUGUCUGACGGGAGUUUCUUCUACCCGGGCGCCUCCAUCCAGGUGCUGAGCGAGACCAUGGCGGUCACAGCUGUCUCAGGCGACACCCUGACCGUCCAGCGAGGUCAAGAGUCGACCUCAGCUGCCGCGUAUCCCAAGCAGGUGCUGGUGACGGUUGUGCAAGGCUCGGCAAGCGUUGUAUCGUUUACCAGCAGCAUAAUACCUUCCAUCAACAGAUCCUCCAUGAAUCUCCUGAGUGACAUUAGAAAUGAUGAAACUGAUACCAUUCUAUAUGUGAUGGACCCGGUGAAGAACACGUCAUCGUCCGGCUUUCAACCUGGAGAUUAUGUGAUGGGAUUAAGAGGCUCCAAUUUUAUCUCGGCAGAAGUGAUGUUGGUCUUGAGUACUGGGACAGCUAGAGUAUCAGAUUAUCUUUAUCAGAAUCUGACUGUUGCAAGAGCACAGUUUGGGACCAGAGCACAGUACACCUACAAAGGAGGCCCAAUAAUUUACUUAUCCAGUCCGCGCAUUCUCGAACAGGCGAUGACGGCGACAGAUACAAACCCUGUCUUCUCCAACUCUACAGAUCUGCAAGCUGGAGACAUGCUGUUGGCGUUCCCAGCACAAAACAAUGAAGGUUUUGUUGAAGUGAUAGAGUAUGAGUCUGGUGGGAGUGUACUUCGAGGAUUGAUCCCAAACUUUGCGGGCAGGUCGCAGGCAACAUCAGUAUCAAAAGGAGCUGUUGUCCAGACCAUUGCUCAACCGGCUUACUUGAGUCCUCCUUACUGCACGUCCAAGAGUGGGUCAGAUUUGACCAUGACGAGCGUAUCUAGCUUCGCUGUCGGCGACAUAGUGUCGGAUGGCAGUGCAGUUUACACCGUGACAGCUAUCAACGAAGGGUCAAGUCAGAUGACCGUUGAGAGCCUCUAUGUCUCAGGUGCUACUCCAUCAUGCUCCAACAUAAAUCAGUAUACUCCUCCUUCAUACGUAGUUAAGACAGAAGGCCUGAGAGUUUUGAGCUCUGCUUGGAACCUCACAGCUGGUGAAUUGGUCCAAGAUCCUCUGGCUGUCUUCACCAUCCACCUGCAGACCGUGGUCUCUGAUUUCUAUGCACCUGGAGACUUUGUUUGGAUUGCUGACAAGAGCACGCCUAGUUAUGGGUGCUUCCAAGUAGAGCAAGUAGAAGACUACACCCUGCAUGUCACAGUCUACACUUUACCUCGCUCUUGGAUUGCACAGUUGAUAUUCAAUUUUCAGAAAGACACAGCAGUUCUCUACAAGUACGAACGCUUCGAUGUGAUCAACGGUACUGCUCUCUCCCCAGGAGACAUCGUGCUCUUCUCGUGGUCAUUCCAAGGCGGGACAGGUCAAAUCAUUUCAGCCACCGAAAAUGAAAUUCGCAUGAAAUUCACUGCUGGCAGGUACAAUGGAGGGCAAUCUUUGUUCAAUGAUGUAUACAAUACCUUCCAGCUCCUCCCGGUGUCAAAGACGAGCUACGCCAGGUCAAAGCUUGCUCUCGCUAUCAACUCCGAGGUCAACACGAUGACUCUCUUUGACGCGUCCGGGUUCAGAGUGGGGGAUAGCUUCACCAUCGACCAAGAGGUCAUGACCAUAGAAAACCUCAACGGCAACGUCAUCCAGGUCAAGCGCGCUCAGCGAGGCACCUCCGCUGCUUCUCAUGCGCUGGACGCGCUUGUGGAAUGGACGGCGCCGCUAUCCGCUGCCUCUCCUCAAGUCGCGUCCGUGACCCCUUUGCUCCGACGUGACCAGCACUUGAGAUACAUCUCUCAGGUCGGCCCCAUCACCCUUCCCAGCUCCAUCCAGCAGCUCUCGAGCUAUCAGAAUGUCUGGGCAGAGCUCGACGAGGAGAUCAUCUUGAUCCGACAGCCCGCCUCAGGCAUCGUCAAGGCGUCUGAUCGGGGGCUGAGAGGAACAGCAGCGGCGGCGCACGUGAGCAACACGACCUACAACAUCCCCAACGCCUUCUUCUCCUGGCUCUUCUCCUUCAAGUCAAGCCUGCCGGGUGCAUCAGGCUUCUCAGCUCUGCCCGUGUACGACAUGAACGUAGCUGGGGUCAUCACCUUGUCAGGGGUUCACGUGCUCUCGGGAGGUAGCAGGGUGACGAGCGAGCCGACUCUAGAGCUCACUCUCAACCGCUUCAUUGAGAACGAGGCCCGAGGACAGUCAGUCGCAGGCCCUUCGUACUCAUACCGCACCUUGAUCCAGCAGACCUUCCUGCAGGUUGACCUCUCUGACAAGUUCACUGGGAGGCUCAUAAGGCCGAGCCUCAACUACCCAGCUGCCUACCAACCUUGGAGGUUCUCAGCUGAUCCGCUCUAUUUCCAGGACAGGAUGGACGGCUUCGAUCCUGUCUCCGACAGCUCCAUCCUGUCUCCUUCCCACAACAGCUCCAACGCCAUCAACGGGAGCUCAGCUGACCCCUUCGAGCCAGGCUCACCUGUCUUCGUGCUGGACUCUUUCGGUCACAUGCUGGGGGAUCAGGCGGUCCAUCAGCAGAGCAUGGUGGUAUCGGAUGGCGCUACUUACUCCUACUCCAUCAGCAGCAGGCCGUCCGUCCUCGACUCGGUCUGGAGCAGUCCGCUCUUGCUGAUAGUUUCAACCUCCUCGCCUACAUCCGUAGACCUGUUCCUCAAUGACACGGUCGCUGGCGGGUACUCCAACGGACAGCACACUGCUCUGCUGUCCUCCAGCACGAGGCUGUUUGUCUGGAAGACGGAUCCGCGCAAGCUCUCGAUUCUUACAGGACCAGCAAGCUCAGCAGCCUCUUCGGCAAGCUUCACAUCCUCAACACCAGCACCUGGGGUCAACGUCGGCGCCAUCGUCGGCGGCGUGAUCGGCGGCAUCGUCGGAGCUGCUGGGCUCGGCCUGCUGGCUUACAAACUUUUUGCUCAUAAGAAAGUCGCCAAGUCAGCGGAUGUGGAGAUGGCGCCGGUGUACGAAUCUCAGGCGAUCGCCUAUCUCGUACAGUACACUACACCACCUGUUCAGAGCAGAACUUGA